CACAGGAACAGUCACUUCACUAAAAGCAGAAACACACUGCAGUUGGCUAGUGAGGACAGACUAUUCUUUUUCCUCUUUGAUGGAGAAUUGAACGAUUUACAGAAAACUACACAAACUUUCAAACUGAAUAUUUUAUUUCGACUUGCUCGCUGCUUUUUCAGUCGGUCUUGACAAAGUGCGUUAUGUCCAGAGUUACCAAUCUGUCAAAACUGCGUCAGGAGAGGAUGCGGGAGAUCAACCUGCGGUUUUUGUCCUUUCAGCAACAGAAGACGGCCCUGAUGAAGAACAAUGUUCCACUGCGUGCAAAAACUCAAGGAAUGCGAGAACGUCCAACUUCAGCUAUUUACCCCUCUGAAAGCUUCCGACAGUCUCUGCUCAGAUCGCGCCGUGGCCGCUCUCACCUGUCCCUGUCCAAGAGUGUCUCCACCAACAACAUCGUAGGGUCGCUGAAUGAUGAUGCUCCCCUGGGACUACGCAGAAUCCUCUCCCAGUCGACAGACUCCCUGAGCUUCAGAAACAGAACGAUGUCGAUGGAGUCGCUCAAUGAUGACGGAGAACUGUACUACGCUUCAGUCCUGGAGGAGAUCGAGCUCGAGGGCCAGGACUUUAAGGCUGACUCGUGGAGCAUGGCUGUGGACAGCAGUUACUUACAGACACAUCGCAAAAAUGUUAUCAAGAGGCAGGAUGUCAUCUACGGUGACCAAAACAUGAUCUGUUUCUCAGGCCAGUCUGCAGAUGACAUGCAGAAGACUUAUGCUGAGUUCUGUAGCCGACACUUAAAGGCCGUCAAAUUAUACAAGGAGCUGCUCGCUAAAGACAAGAAGUUCCAGUUCUUCAUACGGCAGGUGAGUCGAGGACCCUUGCUACGUUGCCAUGGUGUUCAAGAGUGCAUCUUAUUGGUGACUCAGCGGAUGUUCAAGUAUCCUGCACUUAUUCAGCGCAUUCUGGACAACACAACAGAUGAUGAAGAAGAAGCUUCCUCUGUGGCCCAGGCUCUGCUGAUGAUCAGAGAACUGCUUAGUUCAAUAGACCAACAGGACAAGCCUCCAGUUCUGUCCCUUCAGAACCUGAUAGUAAGGGACAUAGCCAAUCAGGAACGAGGCAUGUAUCUGAUUAGUGACUCCACCCCUCCUGAGAUGUACGAGUUUUAUGCUGCCUCCAAGGAUGACAAGAACAUCUGGAUACGCCAUGUGCAGCACGCUGUCAGCAAGUGUCCAUCAAGAGAGGAGUUUCCCCUGAUAGAGUCGGAACACAAGGCUCAUCUGAGGAGGCUCAAAGCUGAUCUGCAGCACAAGGACCAGGAGAUGCUGGAGCUCCUGCAGGAAAGAGUGACGUUAUUCUGUGAGCUGGCAGAGGUGACGAGUGGCCAGGAGAGCCUACAGCCUCCCAUCACUCGCUACUUGUUUAGGGCCGACACACCACAAGCUCCUCGUGCUGAAAAACUGUUACUGGAUGCCACAUCUGAGGUGGACAGACUGAGUGAACUCCUUCUGGGCUUCAGCAUGGACACCCGUCUCUUGUGCCAUCACAGCCACAUGGAGGUGGUAGACUGUAGUGACCAAGAGCUGUUGGUCAAUGGAGCCCAGCAUUUUAUUGCAGCAAAGGAAUGCAUGAAGCGACAGGACAAGUCACCGCUGAUGGAGAUCUGCCAAAGGCUGGUGAAUCUCAGCGUUUAUCUUCAUGCACUCCAGGUAAGUCGGACUUCACAACACAGCACUCGAUAUGUUACAGACACUGUGUACAGUAGUACACAAAUAAUUCAAAGGGGCCCAGAGGUCAACAGCACAACAACCCAAAACAGUUCAGUUCAGGAGGCCGACUGUGCGAAAAGCAACGGCGGCGCAGGCGAAGGAGGUCUGGAGGCCGGCUGUGUGGCAGGACCAGGCGAUGGCAGGACCAGGCGGCGGCAGGACCAGGCGGCAGCAUGGAAGCCGCAGAUGGUGGCGCAGCAGGCGAUGAAGGCUGGACGGGCCCCUCGGACCCUCCAGCGGGAACAGACGAAGGCUGGCAUGUCGUUCUGGAGUGGCGUCGUCGUCAACGCCGUUUACUCCGGGAAGGGGGUGGGUCGGGCCACGAACCCUCCAGCUGACCGGGCUGCAAAUCCUCUGGCUCGUCAUACAGCAGCGGUUCUCCAGAACCUCCAGCAGAAACAAAAGUUGGAACAACGCUAUCAGGAGAUGCAGGCCAUCACAUAUGCUCGAUCAGAACAGACAAAGAGGAUAGCUGUGAAAAACAAACUGACUGGUAACAUGAACAGAACAGACACACUACCUCUGGCUGAUGAUCUGAUGUCUAAGCCUUUGUCAAUGCAGUCAGAAACAGAGAUUUCUGGAGUUUAUAACAUGCAAGCCAACCAAGAUUCUGUUCACCAGUCGAGCCUGCAGCAAGUCAUUGACCUGGAGGUAUAUGUGACGUCAGAUGAUGAUGACGAUGGGACUGCAUCUGAAAGCUCCAAAGAUCUUCACGAUAUUCAAGAGGAGAUCUGAUCUUCAGCAUGUUUCCAUUCUACUAAUGACUGUAUGAAUAUAUUUGCUCAUCUGAAGUCUUGAUAUUUUUGACCUGCUUUGUUUUUGAGUAGUUUGUGUUGACGUGGCAGUGAGUUUAACAUUUAAUCACACGUUGCAUGAUAAACUUACAAGUAUUACAACUACUAAUGUCUUAAUAUCUUAAUGAAAUUCAUCAACACUUUAGCCAAAGGUCUUGGACUUGGAAAAAACACAAAAUAUAAAAUAAAAUAAAAAAAAACAACAAUAACUUAAACGUUUUACAAAAUCAAUACUAACCAUCAAACGGUCUGACAGCGACUGCAUCGUUUCACCUGCUUUCAAUUUUCCAUCAAUAAGCUGUUGAUAUAUUAAAGUUUAUGCAUUAGGUGCUGGCAAAUGAUGGGCUUCGGUUGUAGAUACACUGCACUGUUUGUUCGAAUGUUGUGUUGAAAUUCUUGACGUGAUACUUCGGCCUACAGUUUGAUCUGUGGCCAACAGCCGGGCAGGAUGCAGCACAUACAUGUUCUGUGUGUCAGUCUAUCUCCUGUUGCUCUGUAUUAUCUGCAGUAUUGUUCUUUCAGUAAUUACUAACCCAUGUGCCUAAUUGUUGCAGUACUUUGAUGACGACACAGUUGAAUGCAAAAAGUACUUGUCUCACAUAUUAACUACCAAGUAACUAGAUCAGUGUUGAACUUUCCCCAACCCCCGGGCCACAGACCGGUCUGUGGGUCGUUUGGGCUGCGAGGGUUGAGGCUCGGGUGUGAAAUUUAUGGUUUUCAGCGUUUUUAUCGUUAUUUUUUUAAAUCAUUUUUAUCAUU